GAAAGAGCGGUCUUCAGUUCACAAUCACAACCAGAGAUCUAACUAACCGUUUGUCUCUCCCAGCAGUCGAGAUCCAAGACAAAAAUGACUUCUUUGAAGGGAAAGUUGUACAUGGGUGCUAAUCAAGCUACUGAAGAUAGCAAGACAGCCCACACUGUCAGAGGAGGUAUCAGAAAACUUAAGGUAUUUUCAGAAAAUGAAAAGGGUAAAGCUGAUGCUAGCAGAAUGAGGAACUCUCUGUCUCUGAGGAAAGAACCUGAUCUGACAAAUGCAAAUGGCUUAAAGGGGAGUUCAACAAACAUGGGAAAGUGUAAAGGCAAGUGUGAUAGUGCUGCCAAUGCAAAGGCCACAAGAAAAGCAUUAGCUGAUGUGAGCAACCUAUCUGCCAAUUCAUCAAGGAUCGUAGUGUGCUCCAAACCAGUGGUUUCAGUAGGUCCAGGUUUAAAGGCAGAGACUAUCUCAUCAAGAAUUCCUUCAGCGGGAAAAGGGAAACAAAAUUCAAGUGGUGAUUUGUACCCUACUAAGCAAGGAAGCAAAGAUCCAAUGGAAUCUUCUGAUGAUAAGAGUACCAAGAGCAAGAAUCAGAGCCGUGAAUCUGUUGCCACUUAUGGAAGGAAUGUGGCAAAUAAGUCACUUAUACCUACUAGGAAGUCUUUUCCAGUCCUCAAGAGAGUGAAUCAGUCAAGUACAAGUAACACAAAGAUUAAAGCUGAAGGCUCAGAGAAAGGAAAACACAUUUCUGGAGUUCAGGUUAAGUCUAAAUUUAACAGGAAGGUAGCUCCACAAGUUAGCAAUGCUAGGAGCAAUCUUUGGAUGAAUCGAAAAAGUGAUGGCUUUAUAAUCAUGGGUACCAGGGCUCAAUCUAAUGUGGACUCUCAGGCAUCAUCAAGAAAAUCUGUCAGGCCAAUUGUGAAGACCUCAACACUCAAGGUUUCUGAUGCUCAGAGGAAACUGAAGUCCAAGUGUGCUCCAGGGAAGAUAAAAGUGUUGUCUGUUAACCUCUCAUCCCAAAAAGAGGAGGAAGUAAUUACAUCUUCUAUUCCAGCACCUGGGGUUCCGUAUGAUGUCAUUCAAGGAGGAGAGCCUUUAUCUGAUGGCAAAAAUGACCAAAGUACAAAGAAAGCAGAAAUUGUUGCGAAAAGGGGUCGCAGAAGAUCUUAUACAUCACUGUUAAUGGCUGGACCAAAGCUACUAGAGGAGUCUGGUGAGAUAAUGAAGCGGGAGCUACCAAGCAUCGAUGACAGUUGCAAUCAGCUGGAAGUUGUCCAAUAUAUUGAUGAGAUCUAUCAGUAUUAUUGGGUGACAGAGGCACAUAAUUCAUCUCUGGAAAAUUACAUGUCAAUUCAGACAGACAUCACACCUCCAAUGCGGGGGAUACUGGUCAACUGGCUUGUUGAAGUACACCUUAAAUUUGAUUUAAUGGCAGAAACACUAUACCUCAUGGUGACAAUAUUAGAUCAAUACCUUUCUCAAGUGAAAAUUAGGAAGAGUGAACUACAGUUGGUUGGCCUUGCUGCACUUUUGUUGGCGUCAAAAUAUGAGGACUUCUGGCACCCCAGGAUCAAAGAUUUGCUGAGCAUCUCAGUUGAGGCAUACACACGAGACCAGAUGCUUGGAAUGGAGAAGCUUAUUCUCAAGCAUUUAAAGUUUCGUCUGAACUCACCUACCCCGUAUGUGUUCAUGUUGAGGUUUCUUAAGGCAGCUCAGUCAGAUACAAAGCUUGAACAUUUGGCAUUCUACCUCAUUGAUCUAUGCUUAGUUGAAUAUGAAGCAUUGAAGUUCAAGCCUUCAUUGCUAUGUGCAUCGGCUAUCUAUGUCGCUCGGUGUACACUGCAAAUAAAUCCAGCUUGGACGCCACUACUCAUAAAGCAUGCACGCUAUGAAAUGUCCCAAAUCAGAACGUGUGCAGAAAUGAUACUAAAAUUCCAAAAAGCUGCUAGAACAGGGAAGUUGAAUGUCACAUAUGAAAAGUACCUAAGGCCUGAACUCAGUAAUGCUGCAACAAUCAAACCCUUAAAUAGGCUUCCUCUUUAGUUUGGCCUGUCCAGAGUUUAUCCCCAGGAAAAAAUAAAUGUAAUUGUAUGUUUGGUUUGUGGACGGUCGUUGAUAUAUGGCAUCAACAGGCAUUGUUUUGUACCGCUGUUAAUGCCCUGCCACUUACACUUCCGAGGUUAUUGGAUGUAAUAUAUCCUCAUCGAUGAGGAACUUAUGGCGUGUUACUGUUACUAACUGCUACUGCUGAUGUAUCUAGUUUGUUCCUUUUAGAGUUUACCAACAGAAGAGAAUUGGAAAAAGAAACAAGUGGUGUCUUUGUUCACAAGGGAUUUGAUUCUGUACCAACACUUGUGCAGUUUGUAGCUGUUGAAAUGGAUAUUAGCUGCUUAAGAGUGUUUGAAGAUUGA